AUGGCCUCCUCCAGCGAAAGUGGUAUAGCACUCCUGUGCACCCUCUACCCAGCCUCAUCUUCGAAACAGGAGAGGAUCCUCUCCCUCCUCCGCCACAACGCCCGAGACUACUAUCCCCUCCCCUCCUCCCUCUGCACAACAUGGUCCUACUUCACUCCCAUCAACCCUCCUCCUAACAGCCAACCUCUCGUCGUCGGGCUGGAAGUGUACACAGACAAAUCCGCCCUCCAACGCCAAGUCGACGAUACAGAAUACUUCCAAGCCUACCACAACACCGUCAAGACAGAAGGCCUUUAUGCAAAAGAAGAGCAAUUAGAAGCAUGGUACUUCCAUUCCGGCUUCAUGGCUCGCUCAGAUCGUGCUCUCGCACACAGGGGCAAGACGAUUGUUAGCAUCACUCGCUUUUCCGGUGAGAAGGAUGGGAUUGUCAAUGCGAUACAGAACUUCUUACCUUUCGUACGAAACCAAGAGCCGGGUGUCCUAACGUACUCGACCUUUACGAGACCAAAGGCGGCGAGGGAGGUAUUGGUGUUUGCCAGGUACAGAGAUGGCAAGGCGUUGGAAACUCAUGGCGAGGCGCGCGAACAUGGUGUGGCUGUAGAGGCAAUCAGGAGCUAUCUAGAUCCUGACUUCGACUUUGAGAAGUCCACGACGCUUUGGAGGGAGGUGGAUGAUAGUUUUGUAGGAGGUGUUGCCGAGAUCAAACAGAAGCUGUAG